AGGCGGCGCUAUAGGCGGGGCCGGGCGGGGCGAUGCUGCGGGUGCGGUGCCUGCGCGGGGGCAGCCGCGGCGCCGAGGCCGUGCACUACAUCGCAUCGCGGCUCGGAAGAGCGUUCACCGGCCGGGUGCAACGAACUUUCCAGAGCACCCAGGCGGCUGCAGCCACCCCCGACCCCUGCGCUGCAGCCGACAAGGCCCCGGACCCCGUCCCCAAAGAUUGCCCCGUCUCCUCCUACAACGAGUGGGACCCCCUGGAGGAAGUCAUCGUGGGGAGGGCCGAGAACGCCUGUGUCCCGCCGUUCACCGUGGAGGUUAAGGCCAACACGUACGAAAAGUACUGGUCGUUUUACCAGCAGCAUGGAGGGCGUCCUUUCCCCCCGGACCACGUGCGGAAAGCUGUGGCUGAGAUCGAAGAGAUGUGCGAUAUAUUGAAGAUGGAGGGGGUGACCGUCAGGAGGCCCGACCCCGUUGACUGGUCGCUGACCUACAAGACCCCCGAUUUCGAGUCUUCGGGUCUGUAUGCGGCGAUGCCCCGAGAUAUCCUCAUAGUGGUCGGGAACGAGAUCAUCGAAGCUCCCAUGGCUUGGCGGUCCCGCUUCUUUGAGUAUCGAGCCUACAGAUCCAUCAUCAAGGAUUACUUCCACCGCGGGGCCAAAUGGACGGCCGCCCCUAAGCCCACCAUGGCCGACGAACUCUACGAUCAGGACUACCCUAUCCGGUCCGUGGACGACAGACACAGGUUGGCUGCUCAGGGAAAAUUUGUGACGACCGAAUUUGAGCCGUGUUUCGACGCCGCCGACUUCAUUCGAGCUGGAAGAGAUAUAUUUGCCCAAAGGAGCCAGGUAACCAACUACCUGGGGAUCGAGUGGAUGCGCAGGCAUCUGGCCCCGGAUUACCGAGUCCACCUCGUCUCCUUCAAAGAUCCCAACCCGAUGCACAUCGACGCCACCUUCAACAUCAUCGGGCCCGGGCUGGUCCUGUCCAACCCAGACCGGCCCUGCUACCAGAUCGAACUCUUCAAGAAAGCAGGCUGGACCGUAGUUACUCCUCCGAUGCCGCUGAUCCCUGACGAUCAUCCCCUGUGGAUGUCAUCCAAGUGGCUCUCCAUGAAUGUCUUAAUGCUGGAUGAAAAGCGUGUCAUGGUGGACGCCAAUGAGAUCCCAAUUCAGAAGAUGUUCGAGAAGCUAGGUAUCUCUACCAUCAAGGUGAAUAUCCGUCACGCCAAUUCGCUGGGCGGUGGUUUCCACUGCUGGACCUGUGACAUCCGCCGCCGGGGUGUUUUGACUAGCUACUUCGACUAGCCCCGGGAGCGGCGGCGGAAAAACCCGGGGUGUCCGACGCGGGCUUCGUCGGUCCCCGGAAACCCCCCGCCAGGAGCCGGAGUGCUGUCGUCCGCAGCUCCCCAGACCCGCUUCAAUUCACACUCCUCCUCCUCCUCCUUGCCGUCGAGACCCCCGUGCGGGUCUCGGAGCUGCCGGGAGGAAACACAUCUCUCAUCCAGUCACCUUCCGCUCGCCUCUUAAGCGGGGUAAACCCGAUGCCGUGUGUCCCAGGGCCACCGUUUGCCCCUAGAGCCCUUUGGCUGGCCACUAAUUUUUAACCAUCUACCUCCGUUUUAAUUUUCUAUCCGAAAGGCAGCUUGAUGGGCUAGACCUGCAUUUAACUCUCUUCCUUUUCAGUGGUGUUGAAUUUAUCACUUUAUUAAAAAAUGAAAAAUAAUAAAAAAAAAUCCAGAUCGUAAGUGGAA